AUGAAAACUAGCUCUUAAAACGAAUAUUACCGAGGGAAUUCAAGAAUACAAAGGGAGAAACCUAUUUAGAAGGUACUAGAAACUCAUCUAUCUUAUACAAAAUCUCCAUCAAAGGAGAAACGUAAAUUCAAUGAUGAGUAUGAGGGGACAGCUAACAGUAGUUAUCAAAUCCAACCAAACCUCUUUGUCAAUAGGCCUCGUAUAGCUCCUUAACCUAUGUUUAAAACCACUGUAUAAAAACAUGGGGUUAUCAAAUAUGUCCUAAAAAGUACAGAAAGAAUACAUUCAGGAUCUCAAAAGCAUAAUCAAAAUUUAAACAAAUAGAGAUCUGAAAGGGAUAUAUUUUGUAAUAAAAUGAUUUCAGUUUCGACAAAGAGAUCAUAUAAAAAAAUUAAAUAAGAAUAUUUCAUAUCCAAUGAAGAAAGUGACAUUUUUCAGAGGGCAGAGAUAACUUAUUUAUAGAAUAGUGAAGUCGAUGUUAAACCCCUUAUUGGUGAAGCAUUACAUUAAAUUAAUCAUUUUGAAAACAAGUUGAUUGGAAAAAAUAAAUAUUAAAUAAUCUCUUAUGCAAAAAAAGAAGAAAAGCUGAAUACAUUGAAUUAAACACAAAACGAAAUUUUUGAUGACGACAUUUCUGAGACAAAUGUUCUAGUUUUUAAAUCUAAGAAAAAAUUUUGA